GAAACAUUAUCUAGUGAGAGUGAGUACAAAAAAAGCUUCAAGAUGCCUCCUUAUUUUUCUAAAGAAGAUUUCUACCAGCUUCUCCAGAAAGUGACAGUCUUGGAGUUCAAGAUUCAUCGUCUGGAAGAGGUGAAUGCGUUGGAAGACUCCACAGGUGUUAAAAUGGAUGAGAAGGCUGACAUGGGAGAUCAAUAUGAAGAGGAAAUGGAAGCUGCUUAUGAGAGUGAAGCAGUAAGGAACUCUGUGUGUGCCAGACCAAAAAAUCUCUCAGGAAGGAUUCAAAUCUCAGAGGACAACGUAUGGCCAGAAUUACAGAGAAAUGAUUUUUCUCCUCCAGCAAGAAGAAAGAAGCGAAAGGCUUUAAUUAAAACAGCUGAUAAUARMCAGAGAAAUGAAGCAGUGUUUCUUCAAAACAGAUUCACACCACUGGAAGAAACUGAGUCUGAACAAAGUUCACUAUCUGAUUUCAGUGAGGGAUCUGAGACCAGAUCCAGAUCCAGUUCAAAGUCAACGCAAGUUCGAAGAGAGACAUUUAAAAAUCAGGAAAUGAUGAUUAUUACAGAUAAAAUGGUGAAUGAAAUCAGAGGAUUCUGGAACAAGAAAAAAGUCAAAGUUCUGAGUUCUGCUGAUAAAGUGUCUGACCUUGCAGAGAAGAUUCUAGAGAUAACAGCAGAGUAUCCAUCUCUGAAGAAACUCAUCAUUCAUACAGGAAGUGAUGAAGUUAUGAACCGACAGUCAGAAAUCAUGAAGAAGGAUUUUAUUCAGCUGCUGAAUGCAGUUAAAAAUCUCAACAUGGAAGUUUUCAUCAGUGGACCGGUUCCAACAGUCAAAGGUGGAGCGGAGAGGUUCAGUAGACUUUUAGCUCUUAAUGGGUUCUUGGAAAAAUCCUGUGCUGACCAUUCUGUGAGAUAUGUGGACAAUUUUGAUCUCUUCUGGGAAAGAAAACAUCUAUUCAGGUCGGAUGGAAUGACUCUGAAUCAAGCUGGAGCACAGCUACUGGUUUCAAAUAUGAAGUAUUUCCUAAAUAAAGUUCUGGCUACAGAAAAACCACAACAGCUAACGUCUGAAGGACAGCUGGAGAAAACUGAGACAUCAGUGGAACACAGAAUGCCAGUUACUGAUAAGGAGACUGCUUCAGAAUCAGAACCAGAACAAGAAUCAGAACCAGAAACAGAGGAACAAUUGGGUUCAUCAGCAUCAGAAACAGAGGAUCUCUUGGACUCUGAGACCCCAACAGGACAACAAGUGGAGUGUCCUCUACUGGAUUCUGCUAACAACAUGAAAGAACCUGA